UAAAUUUCGGUGCGCGCGCCUACCGCACACGAAAGCCUAAGAAGACGCAGACUGGACUGGACUGCGGACUCCUCGCCGCGGCAGAAGUAGCAGUCGGUCUCCUUCGUUGAGUCGCGUCCUCCUCCCACCUCAAACGGCCAAGAAUGUCGGACGAAAAGCCAAAGGAAGGAGUGAAGACUGAGAACGACCACAUUAACCUGAAAGUGGCCGGUCAGGAUGGUUCAGUGGUACAGUUCAAAAUCAAGAGGCACACUGCUCUCAACAAACUCAUGAGGGCAUAUUGUGAACGGCAGGUAUGUGUGACUCAUGCUCCUGUACAGUCCUGUACUGUAAUUUUGACAAAGUUGUGUUCCCAUCCUCAAGUGGUUUCUGUGUAUACCCAGGGACUGUCGCUUCGUCAGAUACGAUUUAGGUUUGAUGGGCAGCCGAUAAAUGACCAGGACACACCUUCACAGUUGGAAAUGGAGGAUGAAGACACUAUCGACGUGUUCCAGCAACAGACCGGAGGAGACUUUUCUUAAGUGGAGACACUCCUUCGGCGAUUGCGUCCACACCAUUGUUUUUCAUGUUGUAAUUGUUCAAACUUGUUUCCCUUUUUUCUGUAUUUUUAUUUUUAUUUUUUUAACUGUUUUUAUCCCCCCAUUUCGCUGCCAGGCUUUUCACCACAAGCGGUUUUUACAGUGCUGUGAAUUGGAACGAGGUUAAGCGGUUUCACAUGAAGACUGACCGUGUGUGAGUGUCCAAGGGUAGGGAUGCUUCUGUCUCCACAUUCAUGAGAACCAAAUGCCAAAAUCAUAUUUGUCAGGAUAUUCCAAUCUCAAGUAUUUUGGAAGUCUCUGGAGCAAAAACAAAUCUCAAAAAUUCAUCACAGCAAUGUCUGUUUGAGGUAGCUGUAUUUGCUGUAAUUUGUACCCAUGUUUGCAGAGAAAGAUGCGUAUGAACAGAGCCGAUUGAGACGGAUGAUCAAAAAUACUGUCGGUCAUGUUACUGGACCAAAGAAAGAAAAAAAAAAACUACAAAUGCUAAAUAAAGUGUUGUUUUUAUAAAGUU